GAUAUAGGUUCAGGUUAUCGGGCUUUUGGACAUUAGAAUUAUGAAAACGUUUAGUAAUAAUAAUAGAUACUGAAUGACAUUAUAAUUCGACUAAACUAAUAUAAAGUUUAUUCAAAGAUAUUUUUUAUCGAUUAGUCAGUUGAAAAUAAAUCAUUAAUUAAUGAUGUCAUCUAACGUCAGCUACAAUACAGAUGAUAACACAGAAAUUUUACAACAAAUUGAACGAAUACAGAAUCAUAAAAAUGUUCAAGGCUUAAUCUUAGUAACAGCUGAAGGCAAUCCAACACGUUCGAAUAUGGAUAAUUCAACGUCUAUUCAGUACAGUCGUCAUAUGGAAGAGUUAAAAAUGAUAACGGAACAUGUUGUACGUGAUCUUGAUCCAAAAAAUGAACUUGUUGUUCUACGUAUUCGUACAAAACUGAAUGAAAUUAUGGUUUUACCUGAACAAGGAUCUCUGGUCAUUUGCAUACAAGCCCGAGAACACUUUGAUGAAGAUUUCCUGUUUUAAUUUGCAGUAGAAAGCUCAACAGUUUUAAUUCAUGUUGCUUACAGUUGAUUCAGACAUAGUUAUUCCAAUACCGUGUAAACAAUAUAUUCUGUGUAGAAAAAAAAUGAUUGCUUAUUAAUUGAUUACUAGACAGAGAAUGGGAGGUUUGAAAACGGGUCAGAUUAUCAGCAUUUUAAGGUAGAUUAUACUGUGGUGGUGUGAUACAGACAGUGGGUUCCAACGGAAUAUCAUUCUCACAGUAACAAUUAUUGUAUUUGUUGGUGUUAACGUCUGAAUACUUUUCCCACAGUUCACUACUGCAUCAGCAACAGAAUGCUAUAUAUAUUUGAACAUUC